GGCGGCGCUAUGGAGAGAUUCGAAUCACUACAGAAAUACUGUCCCUACGGAGACGUCUUGGUUCCUCAGGGUCAAGUGGUUCUGAGUCUUCCGGUGUGCUGUAUGCAGCUGGUGUGUUUAUUUGGUAGAAUUGUGGAGAAGUAUCACUAUCAACCGGGUGAUGCAAACUGCUGUGAGUUUGCCGGUAUCCUUUAUUCAGACGGAGCAACAUUGCCGGGCUACUGCACCCAACUACGCUGCAGAAACGGCCAGUGGACAACGAACUGGAUUCUUGAGAAAUGCUGUAGUCGAUGUGGUCUUUACAACGACCCGCACAUCAUAACCUUUGACAUCUACCGGUACGACUGGCACGGCACCUGCAACUACUCCAUUGCCCAGAGCGAUCUGUCCUACGACCCCCGGACAGGUGUGUUCAGCGAUUUCCAGCCUUGUAACCGCCGCGCCUCUUGCUUGGACACGACCACGUUUCGAGACAAUCCGAACACCAUCAUCACCUUGUCCAGCAGAUCCAAUAACACGAUAAUAGUAAAUGGCGAAGAUUUCGUCAUACCCAAAACCGGGAUCGUGCCAGUCAUAUCAUCCGGCCCGACGACCCACCCAGUCCUAGUGUGGCAGAGCGACGGUUGUGUCAUCCUCUUCGGCGCUUCCAAGAUCAUGCUUAAGCACUGUCGCUCCUCCAUGCACGUCUGGGCCUACCCUAGCCAUACGGACAGUCUAGACGGUCUGUGCGGACACUUCAACUUCCAUCCCGGAGACGAAUUCAGAGACAGGACCGGCAUCAGCACCCUCUCUCAUACCGUCCGUAUGCCUUCCCGUAUUCCUCCUGGAUGGAUGCGCGUGACGAGUACGCUGUCAUGUGCGAAAGGUUUCUCUCUCGACGCGGCAGUUGGCCAGACGGAGGUCCUCGCCCAUCACAUCGAAACGUGCAUCUUUGACGUGUGUUUGAUGAGCCAAGAAGGAGCUAACUUAACGACGGUCGAAGAGUGGCUCGAGGAACUGCGCCGCAUUUUGAAGAUG